UCACUCAACCACUCUCGACUGUCACCCGAUUGCGAGAAAUAGUAACGAAAGUAACCCCAUUCCGGCAAGCAUGCGGUCAAUUGUGUUUCUGGGGCUGCUGGUUCUCAUCUGUGGCGGUGAAACUCGGCGGCAUCAGCUUCUAAUACCACCAAACAAACGCGGUCUUUCAACGUCUUAUCCAUCUCAGAAAUCUCCUUCCUACUCGGCACCCAUUCCCUCGGGUGUGAGUUCGGGUCUAGGAGGACCAUCCGGUGGUUUCUCCUUCGGACACUCUGGACUGAGCGGUUCCGUCGGCCACGGAAUCGGAUACUCUCUAGGUUCAACCGGAUCUGGAUAUCUCUCUUCUGGACCAAGCCACAACUCGUUGAGUCUUCAGGGUAUCUCUCCGCAUGGAUACUCGGGUCAGAGCACGUACUCUGUACCCAGCGUAGCCGGUAUCGGUUUAGGAAGCAAUCUCAUCCCGUCGUCGUCGAAGAAUGGUCCCGUCACCUUCGGCUCCCAGAGCGGCAGCGACACUUCCGGUACCGGUUCCUCUUAUUCUUCCGCGCCAAUUUACGCUUCCGCAGCACACGGGCUCUCGGCUUACAACGGCGGAGGAUCCGGCGUUAAUAUUCCAAUCGUACUUGGAACGUCGCAUGGUUCCUCAUCGAGCUACAAUCCUCCUAUUCAAUCUCUUUCCUCGAGUCCUUUCCACACGGUAACGGGCGGCUUAAUCAUUGCUAGCAGCUCGCACGAUGGUUCCUCCAACUACAACCUCCCGACGUCCGGAUCCUCUCACGGCAUCUCCGCCCUCAGCGGUUCUUCCGGCUCUCACGCAUCCCCUACGUAUUCCAUUCCAAUAACGUCCGGAUCUCACGGAAUUUCCGCAUUAUCCUCCGGCUCUUCAUCACCCAGUUAUUCCGCACUGGUUUCUGCGGGAUCUUACGACUCCUCGAAUUCUCACGCUGGACUUUCGAGUUCGUCGUCGGACAGUUCCAGUUACGAACUGUCGCCUUCUUCAGGUUCCUACUCGAAUUCCGGAUCGUCCGGUUCCUCAUACGUAAAUUACCUGCCAUCUCAUUCGUCCAGCGGCAGCAGUCCUAGCUAUUCCAGUCCUACCCUCAUUUACGCAGCCCCGAGUUCCUCCAGUUCCGGUUAUUCCGGUGCUGGUGCCAGCUAUUCCGCCCAAAGUAGCUCGAACUACGCGAGUCCCAGUCAGAGCUAUUCCAGCCCGCUCAUGGCUCAUGUCGGAGCCACCAGCUACACACCUACGUAUCUAAGUCCAUCCGGUUCAUACGGGACACCAUCGGAAUCCCAUGGAUCUUAUUCCAGUGUGAGUCCGAGAUAUUUAGGACUCGCCACCGUAAAGUCGCAUAAUAUCGCGGACUUGGGACGCGAAAAGUACGACACGAUCUCGUAUUCGACUGCUCACGGAAAAUAAUAAAUUGUUUAAUUUUAUAAGGCUUUUCGCAUCUCACAUAUAUAUAUAUAUAUAUAUAUAUAUAUAUAUACGAUAAUGUUAUCGUUUCGAUAAACAACUUAAAGUUAUAAUUAUGAAAUACAUAUUUGCGACGAAUGAACUAAGCGCCAAAAAUGAUCGCAAUUGUUAAGUGACUUUAACGCCGAUUAAAUCUCUUGCCAUGAGAAGUAGUAUAAAUAUUUUCGAUUACUAUUCAAAGAUUGAAGGACCAUGUAUAUUGGCAGAAAUAGUAGCCCAGACUCUCUUCAAAGAGUUGUCUGGAUGUAUUUUAAUUUUGUACACAUUUAGACAAAUUGAUGCUGUAAUUGUAUUUAAUUCAAAUUGUUAUAUAUUUACAUAAGACUAGCAAAUAUUAUAAUUCUAUCUAUUGUGUAUCUCUUGUAGCACUGAUAAUUGUGAUGUUUGUUGUCUAGUUUUAUAUCUUUUUUUGUAAUAAAAAAAGUUAAUUUUA